AUGUCUGAGCCCUCCAAGCAGUUGGUAGUUCUGGCACCUAAGGAUCAACCACACCAACCGAAAAAGGUUUACUUCGAUUGUCGCCAUCGGAUUAACGACCGGGAAGCCGAAAGACAGAGAUCUCCGGUCAGGAUCAAUGCUCACCUAAAGGACUUGUGGAUGAGGGUUCUGGGAAACAAAUCACCCAUUCGAAAAGUUCGGGGCUUAGAAUCUACCGCUAAAUCAAACUAUGAGUAUGUCCCUUCCAAAACCAAAGAAUCUACCUACCGUUCGGCAACACAAACGAGGUACUUGGAGGCUAGACCGAUAAGCCUGCAGAAAUAUUCGGAGGUUUACGGCUCCGAGGAAAUCCCUAGCCCAGAUCCCGUCAUCCGACUUCUUUUUCAAAAAGUCCAGAAGAUGGAAAAACGAUCGAGUUCGCUCUCAGGAAUCGGAAUGAGGAAAUCUUUGGCCAGGACCGUUUACCGAACGCAUAAAACGCUCACUGCAGGAUAG